AUGCUACAAAAUCUGGGUCUAGUUUAUCUUCAUUAUACUGAUCUUGAUAUAGUUCCACCAUUUAAACAACCAAGAGUUAAAUGUAAAUAUUGUCCUCAUACUUGUAAUAAAGCUCUUAACAAAUGUAAAUUACAUUUAAAAAGUUGUCCUAAAAUUGAUAAUGAAACUUACCAAUCUUAUUUUGGUCAUCCAAAAAUAACAUCUUCACAA